GGGCUAUAUAAGCGCGGCGGGUUGACGUCAGCGGCCUCUUCCGCCCACUCGGCGCCUGCCAGCGAGACAGCGCCGCCGGAGCCGCCGACGACGCCAUUGUUGCCGGCCUUUCCCUUCUCUCCCCGCGGACAAUCCGCCGCCAUCCGCCGCCAUGGUGAACUUCACGGUUGACCAGAUCCGGGCCAUCAUGGACAAGAAGGCCAACAUCCGGAACAUGUCUGUGAUCGCCCACGUGGACCACGGGAAGUCCACGCUGACGGACUCGCUGGUGUGCAAGGCCGGCAUCAUCGCCUCGGCCCGGGCUGGCGAGACCCGCUUCACCGACACCCGGAAGGACGAGCAGGAGCGAUGCAUCACCAUCAAGUCCACGGCCAUCUCUCUCUUCUACGAGCUUUCGGAGAACGACUUGGCUUUCAUCAAGCAGAGCAAAGACGGCUGCGGCUUCCUCAUCAACCUCAUUGACUCCCCGGGACACGUGGACUUCUCCUCCGAGGUCACGGCCGCCCUGCGCGUCACCGACGGGGCCUUGGUGGUCGUGGACUGCGUCUCCGGGGUGUGUGUCCAGACGGAGACGGUCUUGCGCCAGGCCAUAGCGGAGCGCAUCAAGCCGGUGCUGAUGAUGAACAAGAUGGACCGGGCGCUGCUGGAGCUGCAGCUGAAGCAGGAGGAGCUCUACCAGACCUUCCAGCGCAUCGUGGAGAACGUCAACGUCAUCAUCUCCACCUACGGAGAGGGAGAGACCGGCCCCAUGGGAAACAUCAUGAUCGACCCAGUGCUGGGGACGGUGGGCUUUGGUUCGGGCCUGCACGGCUGGGCCUUCACCCUGAAGCAGUUUGCGGAGAUGUACGUGGCCAAGUUUGCGGCCAAGGGCGAGGGGCAGCUCAACGCGGCCGCCCGGGCCAAGAAGGUGGAGGACAUGAUGAAGAAGCUCUGGGGGGACCGCUACUUCGACCCCGCCACCGGGAAGUUCAGCAAGGCCGCCAACAGCCCCGACGGGAAGAAGCUCCCCCGCACCUUCUGCCAGCUCAUCCUCGACCCCAUCUUCAAGGUGUUUGACGCCAUCAUGAACUUCCGCAAGGAGGAGACGGCCAAGCUGAUCGAGAAGCUGGACAUCAAGCUGGACACGGAGGACAAGGACAAGGAGGGCAAGCCUUUGCUCAAGGCGGUGAUGCGGCGCUGGCUCCCGGCCGGGGAGGCUCUGCUCCAGAUGAUCACCAUCCACCUGCCUUCGCCCGUGACCGCCCAGAAGUACCGCUGCGAGCUGCUCUACGAGGGGCCCCCCGACGACGAGGCCGCCAUGGGCAUCAAGAACUGUGACCCGAAGGGCCCUCUGAUGAUGUACAUCUCGAAGAUGGUCCCCACCACGGACAAGGGGCGCUUCUACGCCUUUGGGCGGGUCUUCUCGGGCGUGGUCUCCACGGGGCUCAAGUGCCGCAUCAUGGGACCCAACUACACCCCCGGAAAGAAGGAGGACCUCUACCUCAAGCCCAUCCAGAGGACGAUCCUGAUGAUGGGCCGGUACGUGGAGCCGAUAGAGGACGUUCCGUGCGGGAACAUUGUGGGUCUGGUGGGGGUGGACCAGUUCCUGGUGAAGACGGGCACCAUCACCACCUUUGAGCACGCCCACAACAUGCGGGUGAUGAAGUUCAGCGUGAGCCCGGUGGUGCGCGUGGCCGUGGAGGCCAAGAACCCGGCCGACCUGCCCAAGCUGGUGGAGGGGCUCAAGCGCCUGGCCAAGUCGGACCCCAUGGUCCAGUGCAUCAUCGAGGAGUCCGGGGAGCACAUCAUCGCCGGCGCCGGGGAGCUCCACCUCGAGAUCUGCCUCAAGGACCUCGAGGAGGACCACGCCUGCAUCCCCAUCAAGAAAUCGGACCCGGUGGUGUCGUACCGUGAGACGGUGAGCGAGGAGUCUGGGGUGUUGUGCCUGUCCAAGUCCCCCAACAAGCACAACCGCCUGUACAUGAAGGCGCGCCCGUUCCCGGACGGGCUGGCCGAGGACAUCGACAAGGGGGACGUGGCGGCGCGGCAGGAGCUGAAGCAGCGGGCCCGCUACCUGGCCGAGAAGUACGAGUGGGACGUGGCCGAGGCCCGGAAGAUCUGGUGCUUCGGCCCCGACGGGACCGGCCCCAACAUCCUCACCGACAUCACCAAGGGCGUCCAGUACCUCAACGAGAUCAAGGACAGCGUCGUGGCCGGCUUCCAGUGGGCCACCAAGGAGGGCGCGCUGUGUGAGGAGAACCUUCGUGGGGUGCGCUUUGACGUGCACGACGUGACGCUCCACGCGGACGCCAUCCACCGCGGGGGAGGCCAGAUCAUCCCCACCGCCCGACGGUGCCUCUACGCCUGCAUGCUCACCGCUCAGCCACGGCUCAUGGAGCCCAUCUACCUGGUCGAGAUACAGUGCCCGGAGCAAGUGGUGGGCGGCAUCUACGGCGUGCUGAACCGGAAGCGGGGCCACGUCUUCGAGGAGUCCCAGGUGGCCGGAACCCCCAUGUUCGUGGUCAAGGCCUACCUCCCCGUCAACGAGUCCUUCGGCUUCACGGCGGACCUGCGCUCGAACACGGGUGGGCAGGCCUUCCCGCAGUGCGUGUUUGACCACUGGCAGAUCCUGCCUGGGGACCCCUACGACCCCGCCAGCCGGCCCUGCCAGGUGGUGGCCGAGACCCGCAAGCGCAAGGGCCUCAAGGAGGGCAUCCCCGCCCUCGACAACUUCCUCGACAAGCUCUAGGAACGGAAGCAUCGCCAGCGUCAACAACACCAAGGUCUUGGGGGAAAAUCAGAAAUCCUAAUAAGAAUAAUAAUAAUAAUUGAAAUAAAUUUGGAAAGGAAACCA